AUGUCUGGACUUGUGCGACAGCUACUCAGGAAUAACAGGAGAAAUAUAAAUUUACGAGAAUUCCACUCGACUCGUCGGCGAUGUAGCGGGUGGAGUGAAAGUAAGGAGAACAAGGAUGUCAUACCAUCGACGAACCCACCGCAGCCACCACUCUCAACGACGCCGACGCUUGACUUUUUCAAGGACCUCGGCAAAGCAGACAGAGUGUAUCAUCCAUUUGAUACGUACAAGUUUGUGACUACGUUGCAAGCGUAUGCAUACUCGAGGCGUGUCUCUGAGAUAAUAAUGGUAGCGACGAGGACUCUGCUCAUCCAACACGCCUUGAUAGCCAGGAGCUCUCUAAUGACGAGAGAAGAUCUCGAGAAUUCAAGCUACCUCUUCCAGGCAGCGCUCACGGAGCUGCGUGUGGAGCUCAGCAUCAGAGGCCGUGCAGACGCGAGUGCGUUGCGGAGCCUGACGACGGCGCUCACACGCGAGGUGGAUGGUUUGGAGCAGAAGAUGAAGGAGGACGUCGGCGGAUUGAAGGAUGACAUCGAGCUCGAUAUGAACAACCGCAAGGACGAGACACAGUCGGAUGGAAAGGCGUUCGAAAUAAAUGUACAGUCGCUCAACAACAGAAUCACAGUGGCCACGGGUGAGUUGAGGACUGAGGUUGAGAGGGAUAAAUGGGAUACGACAAUUCGUGUUGUCGGUGUUAUUUUCUUCGAGGCUGUCUGCAUCGUCGCCGCUGUGUUGCUAUCGGAUCCGGAAGAUGUCCAGAAAAAGAAGCACAAGACUCGACUGCCUACAGCAGAGGAAUUGGGGAUCAGGGAGACUGAAGAUGAAGUUCAACAGCGUGUGAUAUGA